AUGUCUUGGAAUUCUUUUCGCGGAAAGUAUCAAAACUCUUUCGUUCCACCAGCGCAGGGCAGUAAUAGAAGUUCUUCAGAUUCUCGUGGUGAAAGACAAGUUUCUCAUGGACCCGCCAUGAACUCCGUACCUCCACCCGUGCAAUUGACAAUGGCAAAUGCGACGGCUCGUGUUGGAAUGAGCCAAUAUCAACGAGAACAAGAAAAGAAAAAAGAAGAGGACUAUCUAAAUAUGGUCUACAAAACAGGCGAUGAUAGGAAGAAAAAGCCAAAAGAGAAACGAACCAAACACUUUGAAGAAGAGUAUCUGGAAAAAGAAGACGAAGAAGAAUGUUCGAUGUUUUAUGAGCAAAAGAAGGCUGAAAAAGAACUUGAUGAUUUAUCGGGCAGUCAAUCAAAUGCAAAAGAGGAAGAUGACGAAGAAGAUGAUUUGGACGCAUUCAUGGCCAACGUUGAAGCUCAAGCUGCAGCCGAUAAGAAACAAAGUGAGAAAAAGGAGUUGUUACGAGCUGUGGGAAAAGAUGAGUCUAAAACAAAAGAAACCCUGGGGCGCAUCGAUUUGGACGAAGAUGACAUGCAGGAAAGUAUGAUGAAGUAUCUUGUCGACUACAAAGAGAAACAAGCGAAAGAAGACGAAGUACACGAAUAUGACGAAGAUGGCAAAAUAAUUUAUACUUGGAAAAAAGUUAUCGACCCUUUACCUGAGCUAGAUCACUCAACCGUCACUUACAAGCCCUUUCGCAAAGACUUUUACCAGGAGCACAAGGAUAUUUCCGAUUUGAAUUACAUCGAAGUUGUAAGAUUGCGCGAAAAGCUCAAUAUUCAGGUCGGUGGUGGCAGUCCACCAAAGCCUGUAUGCAGUUUCGCACACUUUGGCUUUGAUAAAAGACUAAUUGAAGCGAUUCGAAAGUCUGAAUAUGAACAACCGACUCCUAUCCAAGCACAGGCUAUCCCCGCAAUCCUUGCUGGAAGAGAUGUACUUGGAAUUGCAAAAACUGGAAGUGGUAAAACCGCUGCUUAUUUAUGGCCUGCAAUCGUUCAUAUUAUGGAUCAACCAGAUCUUAAACCUGGAGAUGGUCCAAUCGCCGUCAUUGUGGUUCCAACCCGAGAGCUUGCCAUACAAGUUUAUCAAGAAGCAAAGCGUUUUUGUAAAAUGUUCAAUAUCAACGUCAUUUGUGCCUAUGGUGGUGGAAGUAAAUGGGAACAACAAAAUGAACUGCAAAAAGAAGGCGCUGAAAUUGUGGUUUGCACUCCUGGCCGAAUCAUUGAUCUUAUCAAAAUUAAAGCAACAAACUUUACAAGAGUUAGCUUUUUGGUUUUUGAUGAAGCUGAUCGAAUGUUUGAUUUGGGAUUUGAGCCUCAGGUUAUGUCAAUUUCCAAGAACAUUCGACCAGAUAGACAAUGUCUGAUGUUUAGUGCUACUUUUCAACCAAAAGUCGAGCGCUUGGCUAAGGAGUCAUUGUGUAACCCUGUUAGAAUAGUUCACGGCCAAGUCGGAGAAGCCAAUGAAGAUAUUACACAAAUUGUUCAUGUGAUGCCGAGUCCGGAUGCUAAAUGGAAUUGGCUGUGCAAAAACCUGGUACAAUUUUGUUCUGAUGGUAAAGUGCUAAUUUUUGUGACAAGGAAGGUGGAUUCAGAAGAUGUAGCUGCAAGACUCAAGGCUCGAGAUUUCAAAUUAGAAUUGUUGCACGGAGACAUGCUACAGCAUGAAAGAAAUGAACACCUGUCUUCUUUUCGAAAGACCUGCAAAAUUUUGGUGGCUACCGAUGUUGCAGCUCGUGGUCUUGAUAUCCCAGAGAUUCGCACAGUAAUCAACUACGAUGUUGCAAGAGAUAUUGAUACCCACGUGCAUCGAGUUGGUAGAACGGGUCGUGCCGGACAAAAGGGAACUGCAUACACACUCAUUUGUGAACCUGAUAAAGAAUUUGCUUGUGAAUUGGUGAAGAACUUGGAAAGUAUAAACCAACAGGUAUCCAAUGAUCUUCUCGAAUUGGCCUUCAAGGUUGCUUGGUUUAAAGCGCAAUAUACACCAAAAGGAAACAUCGCUCACGGACAAAUGGGAAAAUCUGGACUUGGCUUUGCGACAACUUCUUAUGGUGGUGCAAUGGGUAGUUCAAGAAAAGAAGUGGAUCCUCUCAACUCCUAUAUUCCCACCUCUCGCCCAUCAUUUAUACAAGCCGAAGCUAGCACGUCGAGUGUCAGCAAUUCUGGUGCUCCGUCGGGACCUGCUGCGCAAAUGCAAAGUAGCCGUGUUUCGGCGAUGAAAAAUGCCUUCAAGAGUUCUUUUGCCCAAAAAUUUCAUCGUGCACAGCUGCCCGAAUCAGGUUUACCUGAAGUGAAAAAGUCCGACCCAAGGCCUGAAUGGAAGCGGAAAAUUGAUGAGAUUAAUUCAAAAAUUGCCAGUGGAGAAAUCAGUCAAAGCUCGGAAACAUCAUCAAAUAAAAAAAGUCGUUGGGGC